AUGAUGGGAAAAACUGGCUUCUCCCUGAUCCUCGCCCUGGCUCUGGUGACUGUUGGCACCUCUUCAGAGAGAAAGUGUGUCCUGUCCGGAUCAUGGAGGAGCAACCUGGACUGCAGGAUGGUUGUAUCUGAACUCAGCGAGGCUGGAGCAUUCUCAGGUUCAUACCACUCUGUGGCAAUGGCCCCCAAGGCUGAUAUCCUGUCAUCGCCCCUGCAUGGAGUCCAGCACAAUGCCAAUCAGAAGGAGCAGCCAACCUUCGGGUUCACUGUGAAGUGGCAGUUCUCAGAAUCUCCACCAGAGUCCAUGAGCGUCUUCGUGGGCCAGUGCUUCAUGGAUGACCAGGGAGAAGAGACCCUGCAGACCACGUGGCUGCUGCGCCAGGAGGUCGGAUCCCCCAAUGCCAACUGGGAAGCGUUCAGGGUCGGCACAAAUAUUUUCACCCGGAUCAAGUGACAGAACGUGGGCAAAUCCAUGAGGAGCGACGGUGCCCGGUGACCCUGUUUGCUGGGUUGCAGAAUCGCCUGUCUCUGUCUCCACCUCCCCCUCGCUCUCUGGUGACCCCCCCCAGAAUCGCUGUCCGCAGCCCCCCUAUGCUGCAGUUUAGUUCCUUUCCCAGUAAAGCUCUAGUGCGGGAGGCAAA